GACUAGUCUCGUCCAGGUCCUGUUUACAAGACAACCGCCCUUAAGCCCGUGCGCCAAGUGCUAUCAUCUGAAAAAAGGUUGUUGCCGCGCCGUCUUCCGUUCCAUCGUGGCCUUUCGUCCCAUCACUUGGCCCGACGGCGUCAUGGCUUCAAGAAUAGAAGUCGCCAGCGUUGCUGCCGGGUCGCACGCUUGCGAUCACUGUGGCAAAUCGUUUCCUCGUCUCUGUGACUUGAACAAGCAUGCAAAGUCCCACAGCCGGCCCUUCAAGUGCAGCUUCACUUCAUGCAAGUAUCAUGACCACGGCUGGCCGACAGCCAAAGAGCUCGAACGGCACGUCAAUGAUAAGCACUCAGAGGCCCCGCGUGUCUUCCCCUGCUACUUUGACCGCUGUACCUACACCUCCAAGCGGGAGUCCAACUGCAAGCAGCAUAUGGAAAAGGCACAUGCUUGGAAAUACAUAAGGAGCAAAUCCAACGGCAAACGACUCGCCAUACCUCACACCGGACACGCCUACCAUCUAAAGUCAGAGCUUUCGUCUCCCGCCGAGCCGGGCACCCAGGUUCCGAGAAGCUUGCCAACGCCAAACGCCGACUUUGUCCUUUUCCCUCCCGAAUCGGACACCUCGGUCGUGCUGGGGGAGGAGGACGACGACCUGUAUCUCGGCUACGAAGAGGGCCGAGGCGCCGAGUCUCAAGUCUACCUGCCCUGGACGUCUCCCAUGACGCGCCUUCGCAAGAACGAGUCAGUAAUUGAGAUGUUCACCCAGACGUACAACGGCGCUCCCGAAAAGACGACCAGAAGCAGCCAAGGCGAUUCCCUCGUAGACCCAAGACUCUCGCAGUACUCGCCUCUUGACGUGCUCGGCCAGCGCAUGUUCGAGAACCGCAGGGUUUUCGCCGGCGACGGCUCUAUCAAGCUUGAAGCUACAAGCACAAUAACGGAUCGGCUGUCGUCGGUCAAGAGAAAGAGCGACGCCAGCUCAGUGUCUGGCGACUCAACUUCGGAGAGGCUUGAUCGGUCUGCAGCCGCCCCUUCUUCCUCAAAUACACCCCUUAUGCCCGGCCUUGAGUAUUCGAACACCGGAGAACAGACGCCCCAUACAACACAGGCCACGCGCAAAUUCCCGUCCGGCCGCCGACGCAGUUAUGAUGAAGGUAGUCAGCCUCCGACGAAGAAGCUCAAGCCCACUGACGAAGAGAAUUUUACGGACACCAAUAUGCCCGAUGUCUUCCGUUUCGCUCACCCCCAGAUCUACGAUAGAGAUCAAAAAGAGAGGUACUCGCCGUGCCACUCGCUGCAUCGAGAUAUCUCGACCCUCGUGCGACACCUAAGCCGACCGGCCCAUCGCCUCAAUGUGACGGUCCGAGCCAUUUCGUCCUUUGAGAUGCCAGACGAAGAUUUUAGGCAUCCGAGGGUAGCCUUGUGCCGCCGGUGCUGGCGAACAUUUGUCGAGCGAAAAGCAUUCGACCAACACAUCUCGGGUAGCUGUGAGAAGGUGUCCAAAGGAAAACGAGAAAAGUGGCGCAUUCUACUCGACACCUUCACUCCACUCGUUCCAGAGACCCAACCAUUUGGCCGUCUAGCCUUGAGCGUUGAUAAUACUGAUGAAGACGUGGAAGUGGAGACGGGACGCUCGUCUAGCCAUAUGGACAGCCCCUUCACUGCCCGUGGAGAUCUCGAUUUCCAUAACCAUUUUACGCCUCACCUAACUCCAGUGUCACCCGCAGCCCCUCUCCGCCUCGAGACUGCUGGCCUUUCGGGUCCUACUGUAGCCAAGGAUUUUGUUCCAGCCUCUGAGCAUCUGAGACUCCAGAAAGAGCUUCACGAGAAACACCAGCAGCUUGAGCAGGUAACGAAGGCCUUGUUUGCCCUCGGAAGUACUGGGCAGGGGUCUCCGGACGUCCUCUUAACCAUGAGGACCGGAAGGUCACCUGCUCCAAGGUCGCGGGCGGCAAGUGGGCCCAAGACACAGUCAGACGGCUCAGACCAAGACAGCCUGGUCCUCCACAUGGAUUCCCAGCCUACAGAUGUAGAUGUGCAGGGGUUGAUGCACGAAGCUCAAGAGACGCUGUCGAGACAGAACUCGGGGUUGAGUUCAACAUCUCGCUCUACCAUCCACCACGUUCCGACCAGCCCACCACCACUAGCCACUGAGUCCGGCAGCGAUGGAUGCGGUGAUAUGGAAGCCCAGAUCAGGGAACCCAUAUCGGGUCGGCGGCCCCCUGAGUCGCUUCCAGACUCGGCCUACGGCACCGACCCAAGGAGAGGCAGCCUCGGCGACAUGGCAAACACGGCUGCAGCAAUGGGGAGAGAAUCAGACAGCCAUUUUUCUGACAACUAUCACCACAAGAUGACACUUCUGGACCCCCGCGAUAGCCACAAAAGAGGGGGCGAGUCAUCGGCUGACGAGGGAGUCACCUGGACAAAUCCCUUUGAUGCGCACGCCGGGCAGACCGAGCAUCAUACGUUUGAUCAUGAGGAGGGGCAUUCAGAGCCCUACGACCCAUCUUUUCACUUUUUAGAACACGAACACGACUACAGCUCGCCGAACCCACUCGAUCUUGAACAGUACAACUUUUCCAUGUAGCGCGAUAUAUAAAGGAUUGGCGUACGGCAUUGGGAGUGUUGUUUUCUUUUCUUUUCUUCCGUGGCGGUACGAUACGAUACGAUACGAAACGAUUAAAUGGGGCAUUGGGU